AUGAACGGUCUACACAAGAAUAUCAAAUUUACUUGUGAGUUAGAGUCCAAUGGCAAACUUUCUUUCUUGGAUGUCAGCAUAAGCAGAGAUAACAAUAGGUUCUCAACUGCAACAUACAGGAAAACUACUUACACAGGCCUCACCACAAAGUUCGAUUCCUUCAUUCCUAUCAAGUACAAAACUACUUUAAUAAAUACCCUUAUUAAUAGAGCAUACAAAAUAUCAAAGUCAUAUCAAAUAUUCACCAAGGAAAUAGACUUUAUCACUGACACCCUAAGAAGGAAUGGUUUUCCAUUGUUUGUCAUGUUUAAGGUCCAUCAGACAAACCUUAAACAAUAUUUUUGUAAAAAAAGAGAACCAGUACAACUUGCCACCAAAGAUAUAAUCCACAAAAAUCUUCCUUACAUAGGCCCCAUGAGUUAUACUAUUAGAAGAAAAUUGUUAAACCUUGUAAACUUACACUAUUCAACUGUGGAUCUAAGGAUAAUUUUCACGUCCACAAACACCAUUGGCCACUACUUCAAAGUAAAGGACAAGCUUCCCAACCUAUUAUGUUCAUCUGUCGUCUAUAAAUUCACGUGCAGCAGCUGCAAUGCUGAUUACAUUGGAAAGACUUCUAGGAAUCUUUUCAUUCGUGCAGAUGAACAUAAAGGUGUUUCAUACAGAACGGGAAGACCACUAGGGAAACCCAUGAAUUCCCCGGUGCGUGAACAUUGUCAGCAAUAUAACCAUAGCUUGUCAAGACAUGAUUUCAAAAUAAUAGACUCUUCAUUCUUUGCUUCUGACCUCUCCAUAUUAGAAAGAUUGUGGAUAUGGAAAGGACGACCGAAGCUUAAUGAAUAUUUAGCCUCCACUGACAUUGAAUUGCUCCGCUCAUAA